CGUUAGCAGCGUCCGGACGCUGUUCGGAUGCCCUUGGGACGGCCUCCCGCGGCUUCUGCCCGAGCAGCUUCCCGGGUGUGCGUGGCUGCCCUGGAAAAGCGUUCUCCCUCCGCGACGUGGCGGAGAGCCUCUUACUGCAGGGUAGGGGGCAGCCAUGGAAGCUAGUCUCUUGCCCUGCAUGGGCCACUUCGAAAUGGGGAGCAGCCCUCUGUCCUUCAGCGUGGAGCAUCUCGCAUCUGCGUGCCACAUCAUUUCCUUCCCGGCAUUGUCCGCCUGGUGCUCAGCCAGGUCACUGGGCUGAGCACUGCCCCCGGCAGAUCUCCCCGCUCCACGAUGCUGCCUGAUGCGACCGAGGAACUCGAUGAGCCCGAGCAGCUCUCCUAUGAGGAGACGGAGGACGGGGAGAGCCUCAGCCCCACAGACUUGUCGGAGCUGCUCAAGGAGGGCACCAAGGAGUCGCAUGACCGGGCCGAGAACACGCAGUUCGUCAAGGACUUCCUGAGAGGGCGGAUCAAGAGGGAGCUCUUCAAGCUGGGCACGGCGGCCCUCUACUUCACCUACUCUGCCCUGGAGGAGGAGAUGGAGCGCAACAAGGACGAGCCCGGCUUCGCCCCCCUCUACUUCCCCCUGGAGCUGCACCGGACGGAGGCCCUGGCGAAGGACCUGGAGUUCUUCUACGGGGCGGGCUGGAGGGAGAAGAUCCAGUGCUCGGAAGCGACGCGGCGUUACAUGGAGCGCAUCCGCCACGUGGGGCAGCUGGAGCCCGAGCUGCUGGCGGCGCACGCCUACACGCGCUACAUGGGGGACCUCUCGGGGGGGCAGGUGCUGAAGAAGGUGGCCCAGCGAACCCUGAAGCUGCCCAGCACGGGCCAGGGGGUCCAGUUCUAUACCUUUGAGAACAUCGCCCACCCCCAGCAGUUCAAGCAGUUCUACCGGGCCCGGCUCAAUGCCCUGGAGCUGGACGAGGGGACCAAGCGGAAGGUCGUCGAGGAGGCCAACAAGGCGUUCGAGUUCAACAUGCAGGUUUUUGAGGAACUGGACAAGAUCGGGGCUCGGUUAACUGAAGAGGUCCAAGAUGGCGGCCCCCCAGUGCACGGUGGGACGGGGGACCCUCACAAGUGCCCCUACUACGCGGCUAAGCUAGCUAGCACGGAAGGCGCCGGCUGCCCCUGCCACCUCGCCGUGGCCCUGCUGAAGCAGCCCUCCGCCCAGCUGGCCCUGGCGGCCUGCGUCGCCCUCGUGGCAGGGAUCGCGGCCUGGUAUGUGAUGUGAGGCGGGACGCACCCCGGGCGGCAGUCGGGGCAGGGAUGCCGUGUGGCCGGAGCGAUGCCCGUGGAGGUCUAAUGCCGGAUUUCAUUACUGAGACAUUAAACACAAAUGAAGCAGAGCCGAAGGUCUAUGGGGAACGUUCCAGGGAUGGGCUAGUCCCGCAGAGCUGGAGGGUCGCUUGCUUGGCUGCGCAGCUUGACUGCCGAAGGCGUGCAGGCAGUGCCCGGCCUCUGUCCUGUGCCCCCCCCCCCCCCCGCUUUCGCUCGCUUGGUGUGUGGGUGGAACGGUUCGCCUCUUGAGAGCGGUUCCCGCCCCCCCCAUGCUCACCUUGUGCGCUCCCCCCCUCGACACCACCUCUGGGCAUGGGAUUAGGGGUUGCUGACAUAGCGAGUUUAAUCUUCAUGUAACUUAUGGAUUGUGGUAACGCUUCUGAGAUAAUAAAAUUUGUACUUCGG